GGUGCCCAGCAGUACCGUCAUUGGGGUGACUCGGCUGACUUCGGGUCGCGGUUGGCCCGGGCGGUCGCUGGUCACGUUCCGGGCCUUGGGUAUCCGGCAAUGUUGCUGCGGACCAUGACCGAAGGAGGCCGAGUGGGGGCCGCCGCGGUCCACAUCUCGGGGGCACGCUGGCUCUCCAGCUGGGCCUGCUGCCAGAGGCUUCCUGGAGGCAGCAGGGUUCUUCACUGGCACCAUCCCUGGCCAGGAGCCCCUGAUGGCUGUAGAGACUUUGGAACAGACCACAUGAAGAUGGGCACCCAAAGUGGCACCAAGCAUCCCAAGGCCUCCCUGCCCAGCCAGGGUCCCUCAGACCUCCAGCGCCCUCUGCCACCUGAGCUCCAGCCCCCAACAAACUGCUGCAUGAGUGGAUGCUCCAACUGUGUGUGGGUGGAGUAUGCUGAGGCACUGCUGCAGCACUAUCAGGAUGGUGGUGAGCGGGCCCUGGCCUCCCUGGAAGAGCAUGUAGCCGAUGAGAAUCUCAAGGCCUUCCUCAGGAUGGAGAUUCGGCUCCGGGCAAGGUGGGAAGGCUAAGCAGCAGGCAGGCACACUCUCACCCUGGACAGAGACUCCAGCCGAGCAGCAUCUGCUCAGGGAGCAUCGGCCUACUUCAUUCAUACCCAAUAUGAGUGCAUUGUGUCCAAUGGGAAUGGGAAGAAUUAUUGACUUUACCUGAGAGAAAAUAAAUUAUCUGUGGU